CGGCCGUGCCGGGCCGGGGCUCGUCGGCGGUGCUGCUGGGGACGUCGGUGGCGUCGGCGCUGGCGUCGCUGUGGCUGGCGGGGGUGCUGCUGUUCGGGCUGCGCGACCUGUGCCUGGUGUGCGUCUCCACGUACGCCCUCAACGGGCUCCUCCUCGGCCUCAACUGGCGCCGC